ACAAGUAUUUGGUCGACAACCGGGAGAACCCAUGAAUUCAAUCGAGUUUUACAUUUCGUGUCAUAUAUUCAAAGAGAUCUUAGAAUGCGUUCAAUAUUUACAUGAAUUGAAUCCUCCGGUCAUUCAUAGAGACCUAAAACCCGACAAUAUAUUAGUGGCGAAGACUGUAAGGAACAGCAGGUUUUUCAAAGUAUGUGACUUUGGUUUGGCGACUGUUCACCAGCACUCCUCAGAUAAGGGAGACCUGAGAUAUCAGGCACCAGAAGUGGGUCAAGGAGUGAUCUAUAACCAUAAGAUAGAUGUCUACAGUUUGGCAAUAAUUGCAGAAAAAGAUAUUUUUGGGAUUCAUUUGGAGGACAAAUUUACAAAAGUAUUCAGACAAUGAAGUUAUGAACAAAUGUGUGAUUGAAUUAACAGAUGUAUUGAAUUCAAUGUCAUACUAUAACUGGGAUCACCCGCACAAACCCGGCCCUCACUGGACAGAUAGACCCGAGUGCUCACAAGUCUUACACAAAUAUAAUGAGUGGUCUAUUGAUAAAAAUUGUCUCAAAACUGAUCCCACAUUUGAUUCCACACUAAAUCCCAUUCAACAAAAUGAUUACAAGUUUUUUGCGCAAUAUUUUAAUGCAA